CCAUGGCUGCCCUAUUUACCAAUAAGACCCUGAUGGUGAACAACAAGGACAAUGACGAGUUAGAGCAGGAACGCGAGCUCAUCCGAGCACUGGAGAACAAGGUAAUGCUCCUCUACUUUGGCUCUGGCAAAUGCCCGCAGUGCAAGGAGUUUGCACCCACCCUGAAAGAGUUCUUUACGAAACUCACAGAUGAAUUUUAUGUGGAGAGAGCAUCCCAACUGGUCCUGAUCUAUGUGUCACUGGAUGAGACUGAGGAGCAACAAGACAAGUUUCUGAAGACCAUGCCCAAGCGAUGGUUGUUUUUACCCUUCCAGGAUGAGUUCAAGAGGGAGCUGGAACUGAGAUUUUCUGUGAAGGACCUCCCAGUGGUGGUGGUGUUGAAGCCAAAUGGAGACGUCAUUGCUGCAAAUGCUGUGGAGGAGAUAAAGCGGAUGGGCCCAGCUUGCUUCAAGAACUGGCAGGAGGCGGCUGACCUGGUGGAGAGGAACUUCCUCUUGGCACAGGACUUAGACGAUAUGACUUUGAGGAGCAUCACUGAUCCCAUCCGCCGGUUCAAAUACAAGCUGGCAAAGAACAAAAGGAGGAAGAGAAACAAAGAGGAUGAUGGGGAUGCGUUCUCCUGAUGGGACAUGCAUUCCCUUUGGAACUCUGUGUAGGUGAGCUUGACUCUUCCCAGUUCC